GAGACAGUAGACUCAGGAAACACAUUCAGGUCUGUUUUCAAAAUUUCUGGAAGAGAUAAAAAGAGAAGAGACUUUAGACAGAAAGAAAGGCAAAUAAGGAAAGGGAGACAAUAGAAAGGUGGACUAAUUAACUUAUGACUUCUGAGAGCUUUGGAGAUUUUUGCAACUGGAGUGAUUUCAAAAUCAGAGUAAAUGCGACUCAACAUGUAGAUGUUCUGCAGGUUUCUGGUUAAAAUUUGCCCCUUUUUUACCCCCCAGAGUUGAAUAAUUUACCCUGCACGCAAGCAAAGACAAAUCUAAAUGUUUUUUUUUAAAAAUCUGAGGGAUGCGUCUGAGGGAAAGAUGCAGAGCAGAGAAUUCUGACAUGGUGCCGACCCAAAUUGACAGAGACGAGGACAGAGUGGACUGUUCAGUGGCAGACACGUCUCCAACCAGACACAGGUAUUCUCUACUCGAUAUUAAGAUCAGUCAAGAUAUGGAUCCAUGUUAACUAAAACUAUCAAUAAUAUUGUGCUCUGAUAUUGUAUUUGUAAGUCCUCUUGGAAUGCAUGAUAUUGCCAUUGUGAUGUUAAAUAGUUGUUUCGUUUGAAACCAAUAUUUUUUGCCUCACUGAUUUGAACUUGUAUUAUAUUAUUGCAAAAUUAACCAGUAAUUGGCUUUGUCAGAAUAUAACGGUAAAAUGUGUAAAGCAAUACCUUGUAUCUUCAGCACUUGAUCAGAUUUAUGUGGAGGCAAAUCAUUUCUCAAAGAUUUAGUAAUAAAAGUAAUGUACCAAGAGACUCUCUCUGUAAAUAAUAACUUGCAGCUGAUUUGCAAACUAUAGUUGUUUACAAACGUGUUUUAAUAUGUUUUAAGAAAAAUGCGUCAUUAAUGAGGUUCUGGAUAUAGAGCAACAGAUUAACUGAAAGCCAUACGACAAACUACUGAACUAUCACAAGCCAUAACCAUCUCAGAUAAUAACUCUCAGUUUUUAAAGCGCAGUGCUGUGCUUAGUAUCGACGAGAAUCCUGUGCCUCUGUUGUGUGUCAGUGAGACACUUUGUGGUGCGCGUUAGUGUGAGGGGAAAAAAAAUGUGUAGGCUUUGUCAAAAGAGAAACUACAUGGAGGACGAGGAGGAGACAGACAUUUUGCCUGUCAGAGACUGAAAAGAGGAGCAUCAGGCCAACAACAGACAACUGUGGCUGUGAACAGACAUAUAAGUGCUUCCUAAAUCAAAGCCAGAAAGGGGUCGUCCUACUGUGAGACACACAAGAAGAGACAAAGACAGAGCAUGAGCGGAAGCAGUGAAGCCACUGCUCAAGAUGAUUAUUGAUUGUUACUAAAACUGAGUGCUUUACCUACCUGGACAACACAGACUCAGCUCGCGUCGGAGGGGAAAACAGACAGUAACCUCCAGUAAAGGGAGGAGGGAGAGUGGGCAAUAGCCAAUAGAGAGAAAGAGACAGGGGGUAAACUCCCUUUCUCUCUCUCGACCCAUCUCGUCGUCAGGCUGGCUGGCACAGCCAUGGCGUUCACCUUUGCGGCCUUCUGCUACAUGCUCACCUUGGUGCUGUGCGCUGCUCUCAUCUUCUUUGUCAUAUGGCAGAUCAUUGCAUUUGAUGAGCUCCGCACAGACUUCAAAAACCCCAUUGAUCAGAGCAAUCCCACCAGAGCGAGGGAAAGGAUUCUUAACAUUGAAAGAAUCUGCAACCUGCUUCGCAAAUUGGUGGUACCAGAGUACUCCAUCCACGGGCUCUUCUGCCUGAUGUUCAUGUGUGCCGGAGAGUGGGUCACACUUGGCCUAAAUAUCCCGCUGCUCUUCUACCAUCUGUGGAGGUUUUUUCAUCGGCCAGCUGAUGGGUCAGAGGUCAUGUAUGAUCCCGUCAGUGUGAUGAAUGCCGACAUUCUCAAUUAUUGCCAGAAGGAGUCCUGGUGUAAGCUGGGCUUUUAUCUGCUCUCAUUCUUCUACUAUCUCUACAGUAUGGUCUACGCCUUGGUGAGCUUCUAACAGACAGGAGAUCUGGAGGAAUAAAAGGAAAGAACAGUAAGAAAGACACAGAGGAACAAAUGGAGACAUCAGCUCUUCCUCUCUCCAUGUAUCCUUCCCAUCACUGGCUUGGGUUUUCAACAGUCUAACCUUGGACAAAACAAGAAGACCAAUCUGAGUGAUAAUGUGAAUGUAAAGGUGUUGCCUCCACUCCAUUAUAUCGCUUUAUCCCAGAUACUGCUGUUGGACGGCUGGACACAUUUUGUGAAGGACUGAAAUUAAACAUAAGGAUGCAGCAGGUGUUUGUGUUGCCUUUGACCCAUUAUUCGAUAUCAUUCUGAAGGGCUGGAGUUUCCCCAUGCUGCUCUUAACUGAUCCAGUCACUCAACUCACUGUGAAUCCCCUAAACACUUAGGGGCUGGAAAACAGAAUAAUACGUCUGUAUUCUUUGACUUUGAAAAUGUACUAAAAGCAGGAUUGUUUUGGUAUCAUUCCAUGUAUUUAAGAUGAUAAACACCUCUAAUAUCAAGCCACUGCUCUGAUUGUGUUACAGGCACAUAAAACUGUAAGAAACAGGUUCAGUUGUACAGGAGAACUUUAAAGCACUGUAAGAAAUGCAGAUGGUCCUGGCAGGGAAAUACCAGAUUGGUGUGUGCACAGACACUUUUAACCAAGAUGGAGAUAAAGCAUAGCAACAUCUCCUUGACGCCUCUGCCAAAAGUCAAACGUCACGCUAUAACAAGGAAUUAAUCAUAAGUUCGACUUCAAGGGUCAGUGCUUGUAAUGUGCAUUCAAAAUAAGUAUGUCCAUAGCUGUAAGGACCUCUUUUAUGCUACAUACUAGGUUCAUGCUUUCCAAAGAGCUUCAUGCUCAGACAUAUAAUGCCAAAAGUUUAUAUCUGAAAAACAUUGUGCCAAAUUAAGGCUAAGUGCUUACAGUGUCUUCAUCUACAUGCUAAGGCACUGUAAGGCCUUGUCUUUAUUUUCACUCCUGUUUGAUUUUGGCACAAUGUUUUUUUUUACUUGAAAAAAUUGAAAAAAAACGCAGUCGUUCUGUCGUACUUUU